CAGAGUGGGAGGGAUUCCGUUCGACUGCUGAGCUCGGAUUGACAGCUACCUCCCGUUGUAGCUGAUAUCGCUGUGGCCGUACUACCGGCUGUUUUGAAUGAUUUAGCGGCGGAGAGGAAAGCCAAACUGGGAUGCGAGUAGUAUAAAACUCGCUUCGUUUAAAAGAAGUAGUGGAGCCAGUCUGCCCGUGGUUUAACAAAAGGUGUGACAGGUGUGACAGGUGAGACACUUUAUUACUGAGGGAGCGAGUGAGAGAGAGUAAGAGACCAUGGACCAUCAGAGACAGAGAACUCUCUCCACAUCAGGAGAAUCACUUUACGCUGUGCUGGGAGUCGACAAGAACGCUACUACAGAGGACAUCAAGAAAUGUUACAGGAAACUGGCAUUGAAGUUUCACCCAGAUAAGAACCCAGACAACCCAGACGCAGCCGAGAAGUUUAAGGAAAUCAACAACGCUCACUCUAUACUGGCUGACACUACCAAGAAGAACAUCUAUGAUAAAUAUGGCUCGCUGGGACUGUACGUCGCAGAACAGUUUGGAGAGGAGAACGUCAACACCUACUUUGUUCUGUCCAGCUGGUGGGCAAAGGCCUUGUUUGUGUUCUGCUGCCUGGCCACAGGUUGUUAUUUCUGCUGUUGCCUGUGUUGCUGCUGUAACUGUUGUUGUGGUAAAUGUAAACCUCGGCCACCCAUGGACCAGGAUCCUGAGUUCUAUGUCUCGCCUGAAGACCUGGAGGCCCAGAUGACCGCUGACGAAAGAGAUGGUGAACCAAUUGUGUUGCAGCCAUCCUCAGCCACAGAAACCACCCAGCUCACUGCUGAUGCCCACCACAGCUACAGGACCGAGGCAUACUAAAGAAGCACACACACCUGACAAUUACACACAAAUUCCACCAUAAUUGACCCAUGUCUAAGUCCCACCCCCCUGUGUUGUUGUCAUUACAUUAGCUGGAAGCAGCUGAGUUUUGGCCUAAAAUGAAAGUUGUAGUGACUAAUGUGUAUAUUGUUUUUGCUUCGGCCGCUGGUUCAGUGGAAAAAAAAAAAAAAAACACAAAUUAACUCCUGUGAAUUCUAGGCUUUUAUAGUUUAGGUUUAGUUUAGUUAUGUUGUCUUUGUAUACCGAUCUUUUACUGUUGCACAGUGUGGGUGCUUUUAUAACAUGCUGAUUUAGUUGCAUAGUGUGUUUUACUAAUUUGAAAAUGUUGUUUUUUUUUAAUGUACGUUUAACUGAGCUAGCGAGAAAUACAGUAGCUUGUCCACAUCAGCAGAAGUGGAUGUGUCCAGAUCUCUCGGCACCAUAACCUGGCUGCCCGUGAUCUUGAUCCUGUGCAUAUCAGAGGUUUAAAUGAUGACAUCUGAGCUGAAGCUGGAGUUGGUCAUAUCGUUAUAGGCGAUAAGUUAACAUUAGUUAGCUAGCAUUGUUGUUGUUUGCUGCACGUCGCUUCAGCAUUCCUCCCAGCAUGACUUUAUAAAACGCCAGGAAGCCACAGAAAAGUGCUUUUCUAUGGUGGUCUCCACUCAGAAUGUAGCGUGAAUCUGAUACUUGCUCUGAUUGGCCCGUGUGUUCAAGGGUGGGGCUUAGCCGUUGGUCAAUUACUGGACAGAUUUAAACUGCACACAUCUGCAGUAAUUAUCUAAUACCACACAUACACCAGCAAACAGUACUCGCCAUCACUUUAUCGGUUAGCCUGAGCACCACAGCUUCACCCAAAACUUUCCCCUCUUGAGUUUUGAAUCUGAGGUGAAAAGAGAAGAGAUGGGGAGAAAAAAAGUGGAUGAGGAGAGCAGUUUAGUGGAACAGCCAAUAUGAGCGCCCCCCCCUCUUUCUGACCUGCCCUUUGAUUGGUUAAAGUCUCCCGUCACAGACCAGGUUUUCCCAAGGCUGUAAACAGACUCUUUAAGGUCUCAGAUCAGUUGAUUUACAUUAUGUCCAAAGGUUAUUAGAGAAUUAUUGAUUAGUAACACCAAAAAUAUAAUUCAUACUUGUACUGGUAUUGACAGAAGGCAAAUAAAUAGAGCUCAGCUUGUAUGUA